CAAGAUGACAGCUUACCUGUUUCACUACAGCCUCCUUCACAUGGGUAUCGAAUUAAUGAAUUCUGAAUAAUAUCUCUACAAACUAUAUUUGUGUCAAAAUUAACCUCAACGCAAUUAAUUUAUCAUUAAAUUUUAUUUUUCUCUUUAUACUGAAGUACCGUUAUAGAGAUAUGGUCUAAAUAUUUAUCUGUACAUUUCACCGAAUAUAAAUGCUUGAAAAUUGUUCAAUAAUUAAUUGUUGUCUAUUAGCUUAACAAUCGGUCACACGUAACCAUGAGUGUGUUAAAAAUAGUGAUCCUUUUCACUAGUUUACUUCACAGCUUAAUUGAAGCUGAAGUUAUUUACAAUGGUAGUUCUACGGCUAAGGACGAUUGGUGGAAACAUACAGCAUUCUAUCAGAUUUAUCCUCGAUCCUUCAAAGAUAGUGAUGGCGAUGGACUGGGCGAUUUGAAUGGUAUUAUUAGUAAAUUACAAUAUCUGGUAGAUGCUGGAAUAACGGCUACAUGGCUUUCGCCUAUUUUUAAAUCUCCUGGAGUCGACGCUGGAUAUGAUAUUAGUGAUUUUAGAGAUAUUGAUGAAAAAUUCGGAACCAUGAGUGAUUUGGAACGGCUUAUUAAGGCAGCCCACGAACUCGGCAUAAAAGUUAUUUUGGAUUUUGUUCCUAAUCAUACCAGCGAUCAACACGUGUGGUUCCAGUUGUCCAAAAAUAAAACUAAGGGGUACGAGGACUAUUUCAUUUGGAGAAAGGGCUAUAAUUCAACAACACCUCCUAAUAACUGGUUGUCCAGAUUCGAUUAUUCAGCCUGGGAAUAUGUGGCAGAGAGAGACGAAUACUAUUACCAUCAAUUUAACACCGCACAAGUUGAUUUGAACUUCAGAAACCCUAAAGUUGUGCAAGAAAUGAAAGACGUGUUGACCUUUUGGUUAGAUAAGGGGGUGGAUGGGUUCAGAAUUGACGCUAUUCGCUUUAUUUUCGAACAUCCUGAUUUGCCAGAUGAACCCCUCGCUGAUGAUUACAAAAACUACAAUCCCUAUGAGUACAACUAUCUGAACCAUAUUUAUAGUCUUGAUCGACCAGAAAGUAUACAAAUGAUUUAUCAGUGGAGGGAACUUGUUGACAAUUACCAAAAACAAAACGGAGGAGAUACCAGGGUGCUCAUGACCGAAGCAUAUUCAAAAAUUAACCUCAAUAUGCUACAUUAUGGCAACGGAACAGUUGAUGGUUCUCAUUUUCCUUUCAAUUUCUUUAUCAUAACCGAAACAAGAUAUAACAGUACUGCCAAUGAGAUCAUUUCGCCAAUAAAGAAAUGGUUUCAAAAUAUGCCAAGCGGACGUGUACCUAAUUGGGUGUUAGGAAAUCACGAUAGAGAUAGAGUAGCCACCCGUCUUGGUGUUGAGAAUGUAGAUGGUUACAAUAUGCUGGUAGGCCUUCUACCAGGUAUAGCUGUCACUUACAACGGAGAAGAAAUUGGGAUGGAAAAUGGAGAGGUAACAUGGGAAGAAGGACAAGAUCCAAGCGCUUGCAAUGGACUCGAAUCAGCCUUCAAAACUGAAAGCAGAGAUUUUGAGAGGACUCCGUUCCAAUGGGACUCUACAGUUAACGCAGGAUUCAGUACAGCGAACAAAACCUGGUUGCCCGUCAGUUCACAAUAUAAAACAAACAAUCUUGAACUACAAAGAAAAAAUGGAGUAAAAAGUCACUUUCAUGUCUACCAAGCUCUAUUGAAGCUAAGGAAAGAAGAUACUUUCUUUUUUGGAAAUUUGAACAUAGAGGCUUUAGACACCUACGUUUUGGCAUUUACGAGGGAGUUGGCUGGUAACGACACCUACGUUUUUAUAUUUAAUAAGGGAAAUUAUUCUACUACAGUGUCCCUAUCUCCCUUUAAGUCUAUCGCCGAGAAUGUUACAGUAGUUCUAACCAGCAGCAACUCCACCAGAAACGAAGGGGAUAUUCUCUCGCGGGAUAACGUAAGUAUGGAUGCACACGAAGCAAUAGUAGCAAAAUCACGAUCAAAGAUAUCGGUAUAGUGAAACAUUUAUUGUUUUAUGUUAAUAAUGUUACAGAUAUUUUGAUUUUACCAAUUAAAUUAACAUUUGAACUGUUAUCCUAAAAUAUACCUACUUAUUUACUGUACUAAAUUUGAUAUACCAUAUGAUUUAUGGAAAAUAGAUGACUAUAUAAUCCCUAGUUGAUCACCAUAAUAAAUGUAUGAAAUUAUA